AUGGAAAAGUAUGAAGUCAUUGAAAGAAUUGGGAAAGGAUCCUUUGGAGAGGUCUCCAGAAUAAGCAGGAAGGCGGAUGGGAAAGAGCUUGUCUGGAAAGAAAUCAGUUUUGCGAAAAUGAAUGAAAAGGAAAAAGCGCAGCUUGUCGCGGAGGUUAAUAUUUUGAGGGAAAUGAAACACCCGAAUAUUGUGAGAUAUUAUGAUAGGAUCAUUGAUAAAAAGAAUUCAACUAUUUAUAUUGUGAUGGAAUUCUGUGCUGGAGGAGAUUUGGGGGCCAUUAUCAAGAGGAAUAGGAGGAAUAAUGAUUAUUUUAAUGAGGAGCUGAUAUGAAAAAUUCUUAUGCAGGUUUGUGUUGCGCUGUUGGCAUGCCAUGAAAGAGAGGCUGGGAAAAUAAUACAUAGAGAUAUAAAGCCAGGGAAUAUAUUUCUAGAUGAAGGGCUAAAUGUAAAGCUGGGAGAUUUUGGACUCAGCAAAAUCAUGGGGGAGGAUUCAGUUUAUGCUUACACUCAUGUGGGAACCCCUUACUAUAUGUCUCCGGAACAGAUAUCAGAGUCAAGAUAUAACGAGAAAUCGGAUAUUUGGUCUGUUGGAUGCUUGAUUUAUGAAGCUGCUGCACUUCAUCCGCCAUUUCAAGCUAGAUCGCAUUUGGAGUUAGCAAGAAAGAUCCAAGAGGGCAGGGCUGAGAGAAUUCCAUUUAGAUAUUCUGAAGAACUUCAGAACACCAUAAGUGAAAUGUUAUCUCUCAAUCAGCAAACUCGGCCUAGUGUUCAAGAUAUUCUGCAAAAACCAUUGAUUGCGCUGAGAUUAAAAGAAAAACAACUAAAAGAAGUUGCAGCAAACUUAAAAAAGCAAGAAGAGGUUCUUAAAGAAAAAGAAGAAAAAUCAAGCCAACAAAAAGAAGCUUUGAAGAAGAGAGAAGGAGAAAUUGAAGUAAAAGAAAGGAAAAUCAAAGAGGCAAGACAAAUUGCUGAAAAAGAAAAUAUAGGAGUUGAGGAACCAAAAAGGUUUAAAAACUUUGAGAGCUUUUUAGAGGAAGGAUUUGAAAAAGUAAACAGAGCUGAAACAAAUAUUAAAAAACACGAAAAAGGAUCUCCAAGAAAAAUAAAUACAAUUCAAAGAGAAAAAACAACAGCUACAAAUUUUUCUCCAAGAAGAGCAUUAGCAGAUUUAAAGCCAAGGGAUAAUAAUAUAUCACCAUUUGAAAAAGAAGAAAGAACAAGGCUAAGAUCAAAUGAAAAGCCUGAAGAAGAUUUUUCAAGAAAGUCACCACUUUUGAGAAAUGAAGUCUGCCUAAGGCCAAACUCAAGAACCCGCACUUAUUUAAUGGGAGAAUCCCCAAAAAAUCGAAUAGAAGGAAUAUCCAGAAACUCCCCUGUUCGUAAACCAAUUGAAAUAUUAAGGGAAAACCAAAAAGAAGCUGAAAAAGACUAUUUCUCAUUUGAAAAUAUCUUAAAGCGGUAUGAUAGCAAUCAAAGAGAAGGAAGAAGGCCUGCAAGAGAUACCACGCCAAACUCGCGACCUCCUCGCAGAGAUUCUAGAGGAAACUUCUAG